AUGAAUUAACUGAGUGGAUAUGAUUUAUAAUAAAAGCUUAAUACAGCUGUAAUUAACUUAAAUUAUAGCAAAGAGUAAUAUAAUAAAGUAAAAUGUGGCUAGGAUUACUAUUAUGAAACUAAACGUAUUGCUGAAUUAGUUCCACUAGGUUAUGAUAAUACGUAGUGCUUAUAUCCAGGAUGCUCUUCAAAAGUUUGUCAUGAAGACUGUAGUGUGGGAGAUGAUAAAAAAUCAUGCUGUUGCAUGGAGGAAAGAAAUGGAAGUUGGUUUUGUAAAGAAUGCAAACAUGAGUACACCUAACAUAAUAAUCAGACACACAAGCAAGUAAUUAGAGAAGUUUAGGAGAAAGUGAAAAAAGAUAAAGCUUAAUUGAUGAAAUAAUUACAAUAAGAAAUUUAAUAACAUUUAAAAAUGGUAGAACAAUUAUAAGCAUAAUUACCAAAUCCUAUAACCUUCUUGAAUAUAAAUAAAUAAAAUAAUAAAGAUUUAGAGCCAAUCUAGUAUCGAUUAAUUUAGGCAUAAGAAAAAUAAAAAACAAAAUGUAAUUUAGCCUAGAGAUAGAUUACAGUAGCAGGAUUGCUUGUUGAUAAGAAAAAAAUGGAGCAGCUUGGAUUUAAAGAAGAAUUAGAAUACACAACUUUGGAUUCAGUUUACAUUAAGAAAAAAUCUCCUAAGCUUGUUUGUUUCUUAAGAGGUGAAAUUCCUUAAAAUCUAAAAGGUUAAAAAGAUGAUGAAUUCAAUAAGUAAGCACUUUGCAAUUAUGCCUAAUAAGAUGCAGUUGAAUCAGUUGAAAAAUUAAUAAAGGUUUAUAAAUAUGAUGUUAAUUAUAUUCCACCAAACUUAGGAAAAGCUCCGAUUCAUAUUGCUGCUGAAGCUGGAAAUUAAGAUACGCUAGAUUAUUUAAUUAAGAAUUAAGCAGAUAUACAUUUAGUUGAUUAGAAUAAUAAAAAGCCUUUUCAAUUAGCUCAAAAUCCAAAAGUAAAAGAAAGACUGAUAAAUGAGUAUAAAUGCAUAACUAAAUAAAACACAGUUGUUCAGAAAUUGAAUAAUUUUAAGUCAUUUAUAGAUUAAAUAGUCUAGAAGGAAAUGCAAGAUUCAUAAUAUGGCAGUGACUUAAUAAACAUGAUUAAUAAUGGUUCAAUGAAUAAAAAAGAUCUAAUAGCUGAAAUAUCCUCAUGGGUAGAAUAAAUAUUUGAAAGAAUUAGCUAUUAAGUGAAUAAUUACCAAAGAAAUAUUGUUAAAAAAUGUAAGGAAAUGAUUUCAGACAUUUACAAAUUAGGAGAAAACCCAAAGGAGCUUCAAUAAAUACUUCAGAAAAUGAAAAAAGAAGUAAAAUUUGAUAAAUGUGGAGAAAUUAAUAAUAUCAAAUAGAAAAAAAUUAAAACUGUAGAAGAUUAUAAAAAGUAUCUUGAGUAAUUUGAAGAAAGGGUGACAGAACUCUAUUCAUAAAAUGUAGAGAAAAAAAACAUUUUGAUGGAUUUGUUUGUUAACAAUUAUAACUAGCUUAGAAACAACACUAAUAUGUUAAUUAAAUAUCCUGCUAUCAUAUUUGAGAGUAGUUAAUCAAGUGAUCUAUACGAAUAAAGAGUAUACAAUAAAAACACAAUUAGAACUCCACACUAUUGA